AUGACAUUUUUAAGUCACGCUGCCUGCAAUAAAAGUCUAUCAGUUAUGCAGAAUAAACAGGAAUAUUCUGUCGCCAGCAGUUCGUUUGUUCGUAUAAUUGAAGUUCACCUGACUGUUGGCGCCAAACUGGUGAUGACUGGUGUUCUGAAUAAUGUGUCUCACGUUGGCAACGGGACUUCUAAUGCUUCUAUCAAAGCAGAAGUAGAAGACGACAUCCCUUUAUCUGAAAAGUUAAAGCGAAGUAGAAUGCAUUCGUCCUCUAGCGAUGACGAUGAUAUUCCUCUGUCUGCCAAAUUAGCCCAGAUGUCCAAAAAGCCAAAAUUGGAACCUCCAGUUUCUCCACAGCCUCGUAAUAAAAGCCAAGGUGAUCAAAGAAGAGAACAUUCAAAGUCUUCAAAUGAAAAGAUUAAAAAAGAAAAUACACUUAGUUCUCCUAGCAAAGUUAGAAAGCAUGAGAAACCUGAAGAGGAAGUUUGGAGGUGGUGGGAAGAGCAAAAGAAAGAUGACGGUGUCAAGUGGAAAUUCUUAGAACAUAAAGGUCCACUUUUCGCCCCUCCUUAUGAACGCUUGCCUAGCUCUGUUCAUUUUCACUAUGAUUCCAAACCUAUCAAGUUAUCGGAUCAUGCAGAAGAAGUUGCAGGGUUUUACGCACGUAUGUUGGAUCAUGAUUAUACCACAAAGGAAGUGUUCAACCACAACUUCUUCCGUGACUGGGUGAAAACAAUGAAUGAAGAAGAACGUCGAACCAUUAAAUCCCUUAGCAAAUGCGAUUUCCGCGAAAUGCAUCAAUAUUUUCUUAAGUUAAGUGAAGAAAGAAAAAACCGAACUAAGGAGGAAAAACAGAAGAUAAAGGAAGAAAACUUACAAAUUCAAAAUGAAUAUGGCUACUGCAUAUUGGACGGACACAAGCAAAGAAUCGGGAAUUUCCGUAUUGAACCUCCAGGCUUAUUUCGAGGCCGUGGCAACCAUCCUAAAAUGGGCAUGUUAAAAAAGCGCAUUAUGCCUGAAGAUGUCAUCAUUAACUGCUCAAAAGACUCAAAAGUUCCUGCUCCUCCAAAAGGUCACAAGUGGAAAGAAGUAAGACAUGACAACAGUGUUACUUGGCUGGCAUGCUGGACUGAAAAUAUCCAAAAUAGCUUCAAAUACAUAAUGCUGAAUCCAUCCUCUCGUCUUAAGGGUGAAAAAGAUUGGAAAAAGUACGAAACUGCUCGUUGCCUACACAAGGUAAUCGACAAAAUUAGAGCAGACUACCGAGCUGAUUUCAAACACAAAGAAAUGCGGAUACGCCAGCGGGCUGUUGCACUAUAUUUUAUCGAUAAGUUGGCUCUUCGUGCUGGGAAUGAAAAGGACGAGGAUGAAGCUGAUACUGUUGGUUGCUGUUCACUUCGCUACGAACACAUAAAACUCCAUGAAGAGUUGAACGGACAACCUUAUGUUGUUGAAUUCGAUUUUUUAGGUAAAGAUUCUAUUCGCUAUCAAAAUGCUGUAUCCGUUCCCAAACGCGUCUUCAAGAAUGUCAAACUAUUUCUGAAGAACAAAAAAGAAAAUGACGAUUUAUUUGAUCGACUUAAUACGAGUGUCCUGAAUCAGUAUUUACGAGAACUUAUGGAUGGUUUAACUGCCAAAGUAUUUCGUACGUACAAUGCAAGUCGAACUCUGGAAGAGCAGUUGGAACGGCUUACCAAUCCUGAUGAUCCUCCUCAUGCUAAACUUCUGGCAUAUAAUCGAGCAAAUCGAGCAGUUGCUGUUCUCUGUAACCAUCAGCGUUCAGUUCCGAAAUCUUUUGCAAAAUCAAUGGAGAAUUUGCAGAAAAAAAUCGAUGCAAAACGUGAGCAAAUUUCGGAAAUAACUUCUGAAGCUAAACAAAUAAAAGCAGAUUACAAAAAUCACAAACAAGCAUCCAAGAAGGUCGCUUAUGAAAAGCUGAAGAAACGCUUAGCAUCUGCUAAAGAGGCUUUAUCAAAAUUGCAGCUUCAAGCAACUGAUCGAGAUGAAAAUAAAGAGAUCGCUCUCAGUACAAGUAAACUGAACUACCUCGAUCCUCGGAUUUCAGUUGCUUGGUGUAAAAAGUAUAACGUUCCUAUUGAGAAAAUUUUUAACAGAACUCAAAGAGAAAAAUUCCAAUGGGCAAUAGAUAUGGCUACAUGUGACUACAAGUUUUUAGACGUUGAUUCAGAUAGAAGUACAAACAAACUCAAAGCGGAGGAAAGUGAUGAUGAAGAUAUGAUUGACGACGAAGACUGA